AUGGCACCGCGCUUCUCCUGCCGCCUGGAGCAGUGCGACUACCUCCCUCUGCUAGGCGUCGCAGCCACUGCUGGCGCCACGUGGCUUGUGUCUAGCUCGCCUACACAAAAUGACGGAGCGAUUACAUCCUCGCGGGUCUUUGACGACGAGUACGACAUUGUGUUCUCUCGCGCACUCGGCUCUGGCGCCUUUGGUAUGGUCAUGCAGUGCAUUCACAAGGACAACAACAAGUUGUCUGCCGUCAAGGUGAUUGCUGACUGCUACGAGGAGGCGACGCGUGAGCGCACGGCUUUGAGCUGCGUCAAAAUGGCCGGCGGCCACGCCAAUAUCGUUGAGCUCAACGAUUACUACACGCACGACGGUUUCCACUACAUCGUCGUAGAGUUCGUUGACGGCAUGACGCUCUUUGAUUACGUACAACAGCGCAAGCGGCUCCACGAUGGCGCUGCUCGAAGCAUCCUCACUCAGGUUGCGUCAGCUCUGGACUUUAUGCACACGCACGGCAUGGUACACUGCGACUUGAAGCCCGACAACAUCAUGAUCGCCAACGACGAGAGCGCGCGCGUCAAGAUUAUUGACUUUGGAUCCGCGACUAUCCCGAACCCACGUGCCAGCUCAAUGCCGCUAAAGCGCGCCAUCACGCUCUCGAGCAUUCCGCAGAGCGGUACCAAGUCGUAUUGGUCGCCCGAAAUGCUUAGCACCCCGCACGCGAAGGUCGAGGCAGCGAUGGACAUGUGGUCCCUCGGGUGCAUUCUGUACAUCAUGCUCUCGGGCUGCCACCCAUUCGACCCGCGCGGAUCGCUUAGCGAGGCCGAGAUCCUCCACAACGUGUGUCACAGCCCUGUCGAGUUCUCGCAACCCGUUUGGGAAUCGGUCUCGGACGAUCUCAAGAGUCUUCUGCGUGGCCUAUUGGAUAAAAACCCGGCCACGCGUCUCCGCGCCGGUGACGUGCUUCGGCUAAUGCCGCCUUGUUAG